AAUUUUAUUUUACUACUUGUAUAUAGGAACCACAUACUUGGUCUGCAACAACCGAACCGAUAGACUUAUUUGUGAGGUGUGGCAGUGGCUGCCGGAAAUAUGUUAACCGCCACCACCAUUUCCGCUUCUAUUUCACCUAUCGGACCACGAGCAUCGACGGAGGGUGGUUUCCCUCCCUUUCUGCCCAAACAAGUGGAGAAAGUUAAAGACACCUUUGCCCGAAACUUAGCCUCAAGGAUUCAGAGACUGCCCGUUCAGCUUAGCAUCUCAAACAAUUGCAUUAUGAGUAGCUGCGUGAAGCCAAUGAUACAAGACACGGCCACUCCACUUGUUCUACUUCAUGGGUUUGACAGCUCUUGUUUAGAAUGGAGAUACACACUUCCACUUCUUGAGCAGGCUGGCUUUGAGACUUGGGCAAUUGAUAUUCUAGGAUGGGGUUUCUCAAACUUGGAAAAGCUUCCGCAAUGUAACGUAGAGUCUAAGCGUGAUCACCUCUUUCAGUUUUGGAAGACCUACAUUGGAAGGCCUAUGCUGCUAGUCGGGCCUAGUCUUGGAGCAGCAGUCGCAAUUGAUUUUGCAAUCAAUCAUCCAGAAGCGGUUGAUAAGUUGAUUUUUAUUGAUGCAAGUGUUUACGCAGAAGGCACGUCGAAAUUACCAAAAUUUGUAGCUUAUGCUGGUGUAUCCGUGUUGAAGAGCCUCCCAUUGCGUAUUUUUGCUACUAAUAUAGCGUUUAAUUCUCUUGAUCUUGAUACAUGCUUAGAUUGGACACUUAUAGGACGCUUACAUACUCUAUUGCCUUGGUGGGAAGACGCAACAGUCGACUUUAUGAACAGUGGGGGAUACAAUGUCACUGCCCAGAUUCCGAAGAUUAUGACGAAAACACUCAUAAUAUGGGGCGAAGAAGAUCAAAUCAUCGACAGCAAACUAGCCGUGCGAUUACAUUGCGAACUUCCAAACGCAAUAAUUCGGCAAAUACCAAAAUGCGGUCACAUCCCACAUGUCGAAAAACCAGAUGCAGUUGCAAACUUAAUCAAGGAGUUCAUUCAGACCAACAAUAAUCUUCCAUCAUUUUCAAAGCAAGAAGAGAAUGUGUUGAUUCCUCAACUUGAAUAGCUUCGUCACAUUGUUGUAGAUGUUUUCAAAUUUAUGUACAUAAUUGUUGUAUGACUUUAAUCAUUCUUGCAACAUUAUAAGUUGCCAUAGUGACAUGUGAAAGGAACAUGUUCCCUGUACUUAUUAUAUAUCGAAAACGUAAAUAACACAUCUUUCUCGUACUAAAAGGGGAUUCGUAGAAUACAACCGACAAUUUAUAGCCUGCUUUACAACACGAAUAUCUCAUCCAUUCAUUGUAUUUCACCCUGUUUUGUUUAGAUAAGCCUAAA